AUGCUGAAUAUGGAAGCGAACACUGACCCGUCGGAGCUGCAGCCGCUGGGGGAGUAUGACUUCGAGAAGAACUUUAAUCACCGGGCAGCGAGGAAAUGGAUGGAGGAGAAUUGGCAAAAGUCUUUAAUUAUUUCUGUUAUUUAUUUGAUCCUGAUCUUUGGAAUCCAACAUUUCAUGAAGGAUCGGAGGCCCUUCAAACUGCGUGGACCACUGAUCCUGUGGUCCUUCAGCCUGUCUUUGUUCAGUCUCAUUGCAGCCUGUCGGAUCGGGAAGCAGAUGGCCUUCCUCCUCCGUACCAAGGGAUUUAAGCACACAGUGUGUAGUCAAUCUUUUUAUGUCCAUCCUGUUUCCAAGCUUUGGAUAUAUCUAUUUGGUCUGAGCAAACUUGUUGAGAUGGGUGACACUCUGUUCAUUGUUCUCCGGAAAAAGAAGCUCAUCUUCCUGCACUGGUACCACCACAUUUCCACAAUGAUUUUAUCCUGGUAUGGCUAUAAGAUGAUGGCAGCUGGGGCAGGAUGGACCACAACCCUAAACCUCAGUAUCCAUUUUGUGAUGUACUUGUACUACACUAUGGCAGCCAUGGGCAUCCGGGUACCCCACUCCAUCACCAUGCUAAUCACCACUUCACAGAUUGUGCAGAUUAUAGGAUAUGUAAUAAUGAACAUCUUUAUCUUCUUCUGGAUGGAUGAUAAGCUCUGUCAAUAUACCUGGCCACUGUUUCUCCUUUCAUCAGGCUUGUAUACCAGUUUAUUGGUCCUCUUCUCCAACUUCUUCGUGAAAACUUACCUGAGUAACACCCAGAAAUCAAAGCGGAAUUAA